AAGUGGGGAAUGUCUGCGAUGGGACGGAACGAAUUUAAAACCAGUAACUUUUGUAGCAAAAUUCUGUAAAGACGUGUCACAUUUACUAUUAAAAUAAUAUUUAGAUUGUAGUUUUUCCACUAAGACAUAUACUAAAAGUGUGUGUAAGAUAUUUUUAGUCGUGUAAUAAACUUAAAACAUUGACGGUGUUUACAAUAAAAAUGACGCAUACCCGCCGACCUCUUGUCAUUUGAGACACUUAGUACGAACGUGAUAACGAAGAUAAACGCUCCGAUAGCGUUCCCAAUUUUUGUAACAAACUACAUUAUACUUGUUAGUUGAAUUGUAUUUGCCACCGGUGAAUAAUAAAGGUUGAUUUUAUUGCUGUGUAAAAGUUUAAAAUGUCGGAAAUAGUGCAUGUUCAGGCGGGCCAGUGUGGAAAUCAAAUAGGAUCAAAGUUCUGGGAAAUAAUAUCCGAUGAGCACGGAAUCGACCCCUCGGGCGCUUGUAUCGGUGACAAUCCUCUACAAAAGGAGCGGCUGAAUGUAUACUACAAUGAAGCAUCAGGAGGUAGAUACGUACCAAGAGCAGUUCUCGUGGACUUGGAGCCGGGCACGAUGGACGCGGUGCGCUCCGGACCGUACGGACAACUGUUCAGACCGGACAACUUCGUGUUCGGACAGAGCGGCGCUGGCAACAACUGGGCCAAGGGCCAUUACACGGAGGGCGCAGAGCUGGUCGACUCAGUGUUAGACGUUGUGAGGAAAGAAGCCGAAGGAUGUGAUUGUUUACAAGGAUUCCAGUUGGCACAUUCAUUGGGAGGAGGAACUGGUUCUGGACUGGGCACGUUGCUCAUCAGCAAGAUCAGGGAGGAGUUUCCUGACAGGAUCAUGAAUACGUUCAGCGUUGUGCCUUCACCUAAAGUGAGCGAAGUAGUUUUAGAGCCAUACAACGCAACUCUGUCAGUACAUCAACUGGUAGAGAACACAGAUAUGUCGUUCUGUAUUGACAACGAAGCUCUCUACAACAUCUGCUUCCGGACAUUAAGACUUAGCAGCCCAACAUACGGUGAUCUUAACCAUUUGAUUUCGUUAACGAUGUCAGGUGUGACAACCUGCCUGCGUUUCCCAGGUCAGCUCAACGCCGGUCUGAGGAAACUCGCUGUCAAUAUGGUUCCUUUCCCGAGGUUACAUUUCUUCAUGCCCGGUUUCGCUCCGUUAACGGCUAAAAACUCGUUCAGUUACCGCGCUCAAACUGUCCCGGAAUUGAUGAGUCAGAUGUUCAACCCCGGCAAUAUGAUGACUGCAUGCGACCCUCGGCACGGGCGCUACCUCACCGCAGCCACCAUGUUCCGCGGCCGCAUGUCCAUGCGCGAAGUUGACGAACAGAUCUUGGCCGUACAGAAUAAGAACUCCAGCUACUUCGUGGAAUGGAUUCCUCAUAACCUCAAAGUGUCGGUUUGUGACGUACCUCCACGCGGUCUCAAGAUGUCUGCCACCUUCAUCGGCAAUACAACGGCUAUACAAGAAGUUUUCAAACGUAUUUCUGAACAGUUUACUGCUAUGUUCAGAAGAAAGGCUUUCCUUCACUGGUAUACGGGUGAAGGUAUGGACGAAAUGGAGUUCACUGAGGCUGAUAGUAACAUGAGCGACCUUAUUUCGGAAUAUCAGCAGUAUCAGGAGGCUGGUGUCGAAGACGACGAAGUGGAAUUUGACGAAAGAGAAGAAGAACAAGAGAAUACAGAAGCUGAGGCAGAAGUUAUGUAAACUUAAUUUUAAGGCUUAUUUAAGUCUUAAAGAAAUAUAUCAGACUAAGAUUAUUGCGCAAAUCGUUAAAAUUGUAAAUUGUUAUAUAACGAUUAAUUAUUACGAAAAUUACAGAUUUUUAAGCGCGUUUUUUACAAUAUUGUUGUGACUAUAUGGACAGUAUUUAAAAAUUCAAAUCAGCACAAUUUUUAAAAGUAAAAUAAAUUUAUAUUAUUUUCAUGAUUUGGGAACCGACAAAUUCAAAGUUACUAUUACAAUUAUAUUAUUUUUUAUUCGAUAUCUAUUUUGACAUGCUCGCAUUAUAUUCAGUUAUUAUU